AUUCCAGGUCGGACUUCAGACCAUGUUUCUCCUCACCCCAGUCUUGGUAGCAGUUGUCUGUAUCUUGGUUGUAUGGGUCUUUAAAAAUGCCGACAGGAACCUAGAGAAAAAGAAGGAGGAGGCUCAAGUUCAGCCCUGGGUGGAUGAAGACUUGAAAGACAGCACAGAAGACCUUCAAGUGGAAGAAGAUGCUGAGGAGUGGCAAGAGGCAGAGGAGAGUGUGGAGCACAUCCCGUUCUCUCACACCCGAUACCCAGAACAGGAAAUGAGGAUGAGGUCCCAGGAAUUCUAUGAGCUCCUCAAUAAGAGACGCUCCGUCAGGUUUAUCAGCAGCGAGCACGUCCCAAUGGAAGUCAUUGAAAAUGUCAUCAAAGCAGCAGGAACAGCUCCAAGUGGGGCCCAUACAGAGCCCUGGACCUUUGUGGUGGUGAAGGACCCAGACAUGAAGCAUAAGAUCAGAGAGAUUAUCGAAGAGGAGGAAGAAAUAAAUUACAUGAAAAGGAUGGGAAAGCGAUGGGUCACAGACCUGAAGAAACUGAGAACCAACUGGAUUAAGGAGUACUUGGACACCGCCCCAGUUCUGAUCCUCAUUUUCAAACAAGUCCAUGGUUUUGCUGCGAAUGGAAAGAAGAAGGUCCACUACUACAACGAGAUCAGUGUGUCCAUCGCCUGUGGCCUCCUGCUGGCUGCACUGCAGAAUGCAGGGCUAGUGACGGUCACUACCACUCCCCUCAACUGUGGUCCUCGUCUGAGGGUGCUCCUGGGCCGCCCCUCACAUGAGAAGCUGUUGGUGCUACUUCCUGUGGGGUACCCCAGCAGAGAUGCCACAGUGCCUGACCUCAAGCGGAAAGCUCUGGACCAGAUCAUGGUGACAGUAUAGCCAGCCAACCUAAGGAGAUGCUGGAAUGCUGGGAUGACCCCCACUUCUUUCCUCCCGGGGCUGCUGGCACCUCUUACUCUCUGAGUCAGGUCUUCUGAAACCAGUGUACAGGGAAGGCCACUUUCCUUGUAGUGAUUUUUUUCAUACUUUCUAGAACUUUCAGUCCAGUAAGUUAUUUUUAAUGGACUGUUUUAGUGAAUAUAUGGGGCAAGAGGCCAAAAAGCAGGCAUAACUUAAUUUCUCUACAAAAUUAUAAAUGAUUUUUUAUUUACAUAUAAAAGUCAUAAAGAAGUCACAUUAGAAGAUUUGCUAUAGUUCCUAAAGCUACCUAUGUAAUACUUUUUAAUUUAAAUAUUGACUAAUCAAGUGGUCCUUCUGCUCUCUGCUUUCUGGUGGCAUUGAGUCUAAGAAUUUACUACUGAGAUCUAUUCUGUCACUAAGCCUCAUAGGGAUUCUGCCAAUCUUGAAUGAGUGACCUUUAACAUAAGCAAAAUAUGACACUCACAGAACCAGAGAGGCAUGUCUAACCUGCCAUGGAUGUAGCUGGCAAUUAUCUGAACAUGAGUUGCAUGGAGUGUGCCGGAGCUGGCUUGUGCUAGCACAUGGAAGAUGGUGGUUAAAUAUUCUGAAAUUAUACAACAAAUUAUUAAACCAUUUGUACUUUGAAA